AUGCCAAGACCCGACAUAUCAAAUCUACCAACCAAACCCAUCGAUCUUUCUUCUUAUGAGAAUAUGGGUAACCAAGGUAGUCUGAUUUCUGGCUUACCUACCCAGCCCAAGGAUGAGUACGCCCUCGUACUUGACUCAGACAAGAAGCUGCACUCAUUCUCCGGACCGGAGGGGAGUUGUGAUGACUCUGCCGAUAACGUGUUGCUUUUGCAAGUUGUCAAGUGGCGGGAAGCUUCCCCGAUACUGGUUCUGUCAGUCUCCUCAACGUCCCCAGAAAAGGAUUUUGAGGGGCAUAUCGACGACGCAGCCGACGCACUUCAGUACACCUUCAAGCUGCCAGCAGAUUACCCCGGAGGCCGAGCUGCCCUACUUCGCACAGUCCGUGACCUGAUCGAUGGUUCAAACCCACAUGGUAUCACAGAGACCUAUGUUGGGAAGAGAAGGACUAGUUACUUUCUGGCCGCAAAGCGAAGUAGUCGACUCGACAACAAGAACUUCCAGUGGAAUAAUACUGUGAUGCCAUAUGAUUGCAAACUCAGCUGGACACAGCACUCGUCUAACCUCUUUUUCAAACUUCGGGCCGACACAGGUGAAACUGCUGUGCUAGUUGUGGAUAGGCACGCUGAUGGGUAUAAGUCUGCCGUGGGCCAGGAACGAGCCAUGAACCAGAGAAUGCAUUUUAUGCAGUUGAUAACUCUACCUGCUCGGAUCUGGGUUGCUGUUUAUUAUCGACGUCAGAACGCUCCUUGGACCCAUUAUGCUAGAAGCUCACAAGAUCAAAAACGUGCGGCCCAAAGCUUCCACACAGCGCCUGUCCUGCAUAGUGGCGAAAACUCAUGCCAUACUAAUGAACCAAAAGACGUCAACCCCCUAAUUGAGGGAAAGGACGAGAUCCAAAGCUCGAAGCAGAAAGAAACGAAUACUCAGAAAGACACGUUCGCUGUUGGGAUUGCAGAUCAGAGCCCACUAAAACAAGCGGAUGGAGUGAAAGAUGAAGCAAGUGAAGGAAAGACAGAGUUCCCCAAGCAGGAAGUCUCUUGGCAAGACGUAGCGAAGUCUCAAGACAAUGUUGGUCCUUACUGCAUCCAAGAAUAUGAUUGUUCGUCGCUGGCUACAGCAAGCGGGGCGAGCUCCCCCCGAUCUUUCUCGGACUCAUCCCAGCCGAAUGUUUUUUCUCGUCUCGCUACCCAAACUUCGAGGGCUUUCUCGGUCUUCACUGGCGAGCAGUGUGCUGAAAGGCCAGCAGAAGAGAUCGCCGAUCGAUUGGAGACUGAAGUUUUGCCAGGCUUCCCAGCAGGGCUACUGCCCACAGAUGUCCACGAUCCCGGUGAUAAAGGGUUCGUGGGCCUGAAAACCGAGAAUGGUGUUAAAACGAAGUCUGAAGAAAGCCAGUGCCCUUCACACACGAAUCCUGAAAGUAAGCAAGGUGUGGCCCGACGUGUUUCAUCGUUGCUUACUUCUCUGGCGAAGCCCGUUGAUACGAGGGGUGACUCGAAGCACAGUGAUGAAGCCAUUUCUCACGCCCAAGCCGUGCAUCCACAGUGCUCGGUGCCAAAUUUAGAGCACAAUAUCACCAAGCCAUUGAACCCUGAGGCUAAACCAUGGUUUUCCCAAAAAGAUAUGCUCCCUGCUAAGGCUAUCCUGCAACCCGACUGUGAGAGCCAAGAAGAAGCCUCUGCUCCUGGGACUCCCCCGGUUCGAGGAGAUGGCUUUUUAAGAACAACAGAUGACCCAAGAAAACGCUCUGUCACCUGGUCUUCAAAUUUUGAAAAAAAUCUCCAGAAGUCUUGUGAAGAAGUCCAACGGCCGCAGCUAGCCCCUCCAGCGCCGUCUUCACCAAGCUUCGCUGAAGGUGCAAUAUCUAAUCCGUCAAAACCAUCAGGAGAAACAAAGUUCUUCUGGGACAUGACAUACCAUGCUUUUGAGUGUGCAAAAGCGGGCUGCGAGGUGCGAUGCAGUAUGUGGGAUAGCCAGUCAGUCAUCUGCCCAUUCUGUGGGCCUUAUUCGUAUGUCAAAUAUUGCGGAAAGGAGCACAUGCGGGAAGAUGCGCGAGCCCACUGGUUGAUUUGUGGGCAACUCACGAUGCAAGAACCGUGCGUGGAAAACUCAAUACCUCCAGAUGUCCUCAUCGGACCUCCUGCGAUUCCGUGUAAGCAUGGCUGGGACAGACCUGAGCGUCACCGGCAGGCGUUGUGGUUCAGUACUGCACAAGAUGCAGGAGACUACUUCAUAUUUGCCGACCAAGGCGACUGCACAGGCUCCCAGACAGAGUCGAUUAUCCGGGAUGGAAGUUGCUCACAUCACGUUGUUCAGGUCGUGCACUUUGACGACCCUGAAAUGAAAGACCGUUUCCGUCGGAUACUUGCAGUGUGUCUGCUGGAAUCUCUUGAAGUGCAGCCGCUGGUGGAGUAUCUGUUCCGCAUGCUACGGGACAGACUCCAGUCGUUACAGCAGUGGUCAUCGGAAAUGGACAUGAAGGUGAGACAACAAAUGGCAUUGGAGCUGGCGAUUGAGCUUGAACCUCGUGAUAUUGGCCUCCGGCAUGCCUGCGAGGCUGAAUGGCGCGCCCUUGUUGGACGCGCCGGUUCGAGUGCCUUGUCUCUGAUGAAGAAGCAAACUAUUGGAUUCUCCGGGCAAAUCGAACCACUCAUCCCACUGUCAAAGGAGUCUACGCAAGGACGAGGGGAGAGGGCUUUGAUCACGUCUUGGCAGAAGAACAACGGCUGUUUCGGCGCGGCGAGGCAUGGGAUGGAUUAG